AUGGACACGACGGCAGAACCCACGUCGUCAUGUCAUCUUGAGCGUUCAUUCUCGCAGCACAGCGUAGCAUCUACGCGUUCCAUCCGAAGUACUAGAAGUAACCGGAGCACCACGCUGCGUGCUGGUCGCAGUCGCCGGCUCCUCAGUCAGCCAAAUGGCUCAGCAAGCAGUAUCGCUGCGAGCGACAAGUCUUUGACGAGCUUUCCUAGUUUCAGCCCCGACCCUACUGAUGCGAACCUUUUCCACAACAAAGAGGAGCGCCUCAAAACGGCCACUCAGGAUUCAGAGAAUAGCCGUAUGAGGAACCUCAGCAACAGAGGUCUCUCCAUAGUCGACAGUCUGACAGGCAAGAACGCGUCUCGCGAUGCCUUGUUUGAGGAUGCUCCACUGCGACAAUCGAUCCCGGGCGCGUUACACCGGGCUGAUGAUAGUCACAUCGAGCGGCUGAUUUCCCGGCAUGGAGCGGUCCCGCUCGUUCGUCAAAUUGCCGAAGACUUGGCGCAGAGGGAUGUUCAAAUUGCUGCGCUUCGUCGACGAGCCGAUGAGCGGGAGCGAGCGCUCAGGAAAAUUGUUAGGGAAUGUGGUCUGUCAAACAUGGACCUGGAGAACCGGCUCAAGACGGUCGAGGCUGAGAUGCGAUCCAAUGAACGCAGACAUAGCGAUGGGGAGAAUGGGCUGACGGAUCUCAUGAGCGAUGCGAUGCAAGAUACCAUGACAGCGCAUGUAUACGGAGAAACGGAGCGAAGAGACGCUACAGUUCGCGCAGGCGGCAAUAGCAAGGGAACCAUUCGUGGAUGGAAGGAAUACCUCUGGGGAGGCGGAACUGCAAAACGAGGAACCCGUGCGAGCAGUGUCAGUGUCAAUGGCGAGGACGCCAACCCGGCUACUAUAGUGCGCUCACAGUCAAGCAUGGACAGGCGACCGACAAUCCAGGACGAUCUAUUCACUCCUCCGCCGGAACCCAACACAACCACAAACCCGACCAGUUCAAGCCGCGCUUCUAGUGUCCAUUCCACAGCAGCCUCUGAGCGGAAGUCGUCGGUUUCUCUGGCAAGCCUCGCCUUGCGGCUCGUAGCUGGAGGCACCGCGACCCCGCGAGAUGCCGAAGUCAGAGGCAGAGCUGUGAGUGCAUCUGUUCGCGACGCCUCCAGAGCAGGAUCAACUGCCAGUAUUCGGACAGCCCAGUCUGCGCGGGUUGCGUCCAUGGCUGGAAACCCCAAGGCCUUGAUGGCCAUGCGGCGGACUUCUCAGACACCACAACCCUUGACUAGCACAAAACCACAAGCACAAGACAUGUGGAGGAAUAUGGCGAGCAGCCCACCGGAUGCCAUCAAUGCACGCCAGGAAAGUUGCGGCCCUGUUGAGAUGGAUGCUAUUUUGCCACCCGAAUCGCAACCUCCCACUUUAUCCCAUAUCUAUCAGAACAAUGCCCAAGGCGAGUUUCUAACGGAUAGAUUUGGGUUCAUCUACGAUCAGCGCCGGAAGAGGAGACAGCGGGAAGCGGCACAUAUGGCAGAUCAGAUCAAAGGCGGCCGGACUGAGAUGCUCACCAACGGCCGCACCGGCAUAUCUCCAAAUCUUGUUGAAGGGCUUCCAAGCCCUAAAUGGAGCGUCUCAAGUGGUGGCAGACCUGGCAGCCCCAGCAGCCACGAGGAACGAAUCGAAGAUGACAGCAAGCCGAAGCGAUGGCAGGAUUAUCUGAAGAUUGCUACUUUUCCUACUGAGCUGUUGAGCCAUACACCAAGUGUUAGUGCGUCUGCACUGGAGGUAUUGGAGGGCACUGGUGUCUUGACUCCCGAAAUUCACGAGCCGGAACCGUUCAAGGGACCGAGUAUUAUGCCCACAACCGCUGGUUUGGUUCUUCCGCAGCCAAGCACGACAACUGCAGUUGACAAUGAAACCACACAGCCCGCAGAGAGGGACGCAAACGUCACUGCGGUUGUCACGGAAGACACGGAGCCGGUGAAGCUACUACUGGAACAGCUUAGCGAUGUUCACGACGCAUUGCAGCGCGACAAGACGGUGAAAUGGAACGAUUUUCUCCGCAAGGUGAGAGCCGAGCGCCGACGUGAAGGCCAGGCUGCCGUGGCAGCCGCUGCAGCGGUCGCUGAGGCUCGUUUCGAGACACCUGCAGUGAUUCUUCCCGAGACUCGGGUGGCAGACGGUGAAAUCAUUGGCAUCUCGGGCCUUGGGAACAAGGGCAAGGUGGGCCGGGCCAAGUGGAACGAAUUCAAGUCACUGGUGCUUGGCGGCAUACCCGUUGCAUUUCGCGCCAAGGUCUGGUCUGAAUGUUCUGGCGCAAAUGGACUGCGCGUUCCCGGAUACUACGAGGACCUUGUCGCACAAAACGGCGAGGAUGAUGACGCGGCAGUGGUCAGCCAGAUUCAAAUGGAUAUUCACCGAACGCUGACAGACAACAUUUUUUUUCGAAAGGGCCCAGGAGUACAGAAGCUGAACGAACUGCUCCUUGCGUACUCGCGCCGGAACAAGGAUGUUGGAUACUGCCAGGGCAUGAACUUGAUUGCGGCGAAUCUUCUCCUCAUCAUGCCGUCGGCAGAAGAAGCGUUUUGGAUUCUGGCAUCAAUUAUUGAAAGCAUUCUACCCCACGGCUACUACGACCAAUCGCUCAUGGCGUCGCGGGCCGACCAGCAAGUGCUGCGGCAAUUUGUGUCGACGGUGCUUCCCAAACUGUCAGCGCAUCUCGACUCGCUUUCGAUCGAGCUUGAGGCGUUGACAUUCCAGUGGUUCCUGUCGGUAUUUACUGACUGUCUUUGCGCCGAGGCCCUUUUCCGGGUGUGGGAUGUGGUGCUGUGUACUAAUGACGGGAGCACGUUUCUCUUCCAGAUUGCGCUGGCGUUGCUGAAGCUGAAUGAGCAGAAUCUUUUGCAAUGCGACACGCCGGCAGGAGUCUACACAUACAUCAACCACCACAUGACGGAACACGCGAUUAGCAUUGACGGCUUGAUUCAAGCUGGCGAAGCACUGCGACGAGUUGUGCGGCGCGAGGAUAUUGAGCAGCGGCGGAACAAGGCGAUACAGGCGGAGAAGGACAUGCUGGCCGAACGAGAUGGCAAUGCUCAGAAGAGGACGGCCCAGAAGGCAGCGGAGGACGAGGGAUUGAGUGUCGAGGAGCCACGGCCGAUGGAAGCCUAA